CAAAAUCAAUUGCAAGACGCGCGCAGAUUGAUUCAAUAGUGACCUAUAUAGUGAUGCCGCCAUUUGUAGCUAGUUCAGUGUCUCCGUCCUUAAAUUUUCACUAAAAACAUCUAAAAAAAUCGGGGUUAAUGGAUCUGGAAAUGCAACUGCGUGCCGCUGAGGCGCGAAGGUCGGAGCUGGAGCGUCAGCACAGCGAAGCCUUGGCGGCCUUACGCGGCUGCGGCGCCGAAACGCUCGAAGCCCGACAAUCUAGAGUUAGAGAACUAGAAAAAAAAGUAGCUCUAGAAACGGUCAGGUGCGAAGAACUGCAAUUAGAAUUGGCAGCAUCACAAAGAGGCAGGACGGUGGGAGGCGGCAGUAGUGGCCCACUAUCCACCGCCGGCCAAAAUUGGCCAAAUAAAGGUACUGAAAUAGAAAGAAUUAUGGCUAAAAUAGAGCAAGAUAAUCGAAUAUUAGCUGAGUUAGACCAUAGUCGAUCCACAACGCUGGGAGGCGGUCUGGCGACUAGCGCCAGUAGCCACGCCUUGGGCGAAUGCAGCCCGCCCAUUUCGCCCAUCACCAUGUCCCACACCACGCCCAGUAUAUACCCCACCACCUCCCUCGGACACAACUCCUACCAACCAGGUACGACCAACAUCUCUCCCUACAUCACCUCCAAUCCGGUGAAUUUCAACCCCACCACACAAUACAACACCCUACAUCACACCUAUACCAACAAGCCCAUGAUGGGCACCACCAUGACCCAUCACGGGAUGGGUACCACGCUGGGUCAGACUUCAGUACUUGGAGGUGCAAUCGGGCAUCAGAAUUUGACCUCGUCGAUGGGUGCAAAUGUUAUGGGUACCUCGUUGGUGUCCACUGGGUUGGGUACUUCGAUAGUACCACCUAAUUAUGCGACUAGUACCAUGUCGAAUACUACGUUUUCUAAUCCUUUGGUCUCCAAUAACCCAACGGCAUUGCCCACUUCUUUCAAUAAUCCGACGUUUACCAAUUCGGUUACGAAUACCUUAACGCAGUUUAGUCUACCUUAUAAUCCUGUUACUACAACGUAUAGUAAUAAUGUUACGUUUUCGAAUCCAUUGAGUUCGCAGUUUAACAGUUUGGCCUUGAGUGGACCCAUGGCGAUCAAACUGAAGCCGCUGGAUGAAGUCGAGCUGGGAACACGACGUGUCGCAACCCCUGUCACCCCACAUCCACCCACGUGGGGUUUAGGUACAACAACACUAAGCGGAAUCACCGACACGAGGUCGAGAAUGUUGACGGAUGGAAUCGAUUCCGAUUGGAGCGGAUUGCACACGACGGAGAGGAACUACUUAAAUGGACAUAACCAAAGCGAAGGACAAGUUGACAUGUUGGACAUACCUGGCAAGGGCAGGUGUUCCGUCUACAUCGCCAGAUUUUCCUACGAGCCGGAGCCCGACGCCGAAGAGGAGCUCAAUAUCCAAGCUGGCGAUUACCUCCUAGUGUGGGGGGAGCCUGUGGGACCUGGGGGCUACCUGGACGCGGAGCUCCUCGACGGACGUCGUGGUCUAGUCCCUUCGAACUUCGUUCAGCGGCUCAUCGGUGACGACCUGUUGGAGUUCCACCAGGCCGUGUUGAGCACUUUGCGAGAGGAGGAAAUCAAUCAGGAGAAUUUCGCAGCUGAUGUGCAACGUCUGAACGAAAUGGCCGAAAUGUCCGAGACGCAAGAAGACGAUGGGGGGCCUGAAGGUGAGCAAGCUGACCUAUUCUUCUCCGUGUUAGUGCCGGCACCACGCCAACUCACCCUCGAACGCCAACUCAACAAGAGCGUCUUGAUCAGUUGGACGGCGCCGGACGUCGGUCCCGGCAACCACAUCGAAAGCUACCAUGUUUACGUCGACGGCGUCCUCAAGACCACCAUCAAGGCCACGGAGCGGACGCGCGCCCUCGUCGAGGGCGUCGAAAGCAACCGGCCGCAUCGUAUCAGCGUCCGCUCCGUGACAACCAAUCGGCGCACGUCACGUGACGCCGCGUGUACCAUGAUAAUUGGUCGAGACACCCACCAAUUGGGCCCCAGCGCAGUCCGAGCCUCUAACAUAACCUCAACAUCGGCUGUCAUCAGUUGGCUACCAGCCAACUCGAACCACCAACACGUCGUAUGUGUCAACAAUGUGGAAGUACGAACUGUCAAGCCGGGGGUUUACCGACACACCAUCACAGGCCUGGCCCCCAACACGCAAUAUCGCGUCACCGUGCGGGCGAAGCACCAUCGCUCCGCCCAAAACGUGGCGAACUUAGCCGAGGAUUUGCCGAUGCCGGCAGCCGCACACACCGACUUCCGAACGCUACCGAAGGGGCUGCCGGACCCCCCGAGCGACAUCAUGGUCGAACCGGGGCCCCAGGAUGGUACUUUGCUUGUCACGUGGCACCCCAUUCUCACCCCCCACCACCCGGGGUCCACAAUAACCGGAUAUGCGGUUUAUGCCGAUGGGAAAAAAGUGACAGAUGUUGAUAGUCCGACCGGUGACCACGCCCUCAUCGAUAUCAGCAAAUUGCUAGGCUUGAAUCCGAAACACGUGACUGUACGGACCAAAGCUCGAGAUAGCCAAUCGGCGGAUUCCGUGCCCACGCCCAUACCAAUGAGCGUGCUACGGGGCGGGGUUAAGGCGCGCCAACAACCGCAUUCGGCCGUAAUGCCCGCCCACAUUCGACAACAAAUGCCCCGCCAGCAACAACAAGGACAGAUCAUAGAACCCGAUGAGAAUCUGAGUGACAAGGAGAUCUUCCCCAGUAGCAACUCCCAUCGACAGCAGUCGGGUAUUCCGUCAAUUGCACAACGCUCCAUUGCAGAAAUUACAAAAGAAUCAUACGAAGUUAAUUUAUCGGAAGACGAAAUGUUGGAUCGAAGAAACCAAAGACAAUACCAUCAACAAAGACAGUUUAGACAAGGACAACAACAAAGAGAACAACAGCAACAACAACCGACACAACAGCAACAACAACAGCAACAGCAACAGUAUUACCAACAAGGCCAGUCGAAUCCUCGUGGCGGAAUGCAGAACAUGCGUUCGGGCGUGAUGCAAGGCGGGGCAAGGGCGGGUCCUAACAACCCAAACCCGCCCAAUCCCCAGAAACGGGCGCGUUAUUUCGUCGCCCUCUUUGAUUACGACCCCGCCACAAUGUCACCCAAUCCGGACGCUUGUGACGAAGAACUUCCCUUUUCCGAAGGUGAUACGAUUAAAGUGUUCGGGGACAAGGACGCUGAUGGGUUCUAUUGGGGCGAAUGCAAGGGGCGGAAAGGUUAUGUGCCCCAUAAUAUGGUCAUGGAAGUGGAGGGUAACCAGAACCGUGACCGCUGGGGCGACAUCUACGCCAACAUGCCGGUCAAGAGAAUGGUGGCGUUGUAUGACUACGACCCCCAGGAGUUGAGUCCGAAUGUGGAUGCCGAGGUGGAAUUGAGCUUCACCACGGGCCAAAUCAUCAACGUGUAUGGGGAGAUGGACGACGAUGGGUUCUAUAUGGGUGAGAUUGAUGGGGUCAGAGGUCUAGUCCCGUCGAAUUUUCUCACCGAAGCGCCUGAACAAUACGGAGUUGGGCAGACGUCGCAAGCGGGGAGUGGCUCAAUGGGGCGUGGCCAACGCGGACGUGGGAUUGGACCGGGAGCGAGAGGACCGCCCCCACCACCACGAGAGAACCAAUUGCGGCAAAGGAAUAAAGAUGCCUGCCCUGUGUUACCCUCUCAGUUAGACAAUGCUAUCAACACUGCGACACCGAAUACACAAGUCUUCACCGAGCACAAUCAGGGGAGGGGGAGAGGCAUGAGGCUAGGUGGUAACCAGCAACAGCAACAACAACCUCUCACCCAACCCAACACCACGUCCUCAGGCCCACUUGGCGGCAUUUUCGGUCAACAGCAACAACAACAGCAACCGCAAGCGUUCAGCGGCCAACAACAGCCCUUCUCUGCGCAAAAUCAAUCGCGACUUCAGCAUAAAGGCGUGCCCCAGGUGGUGCCCAACGUGAUGAUGGGCCAACAACAACAGCAACAACAACAGCAGCAACAACAACAACAAGGGCCCAAUCUUAUGCAAAAAUUGAACGAGAUCACGGCGCCCGGUGGUGAUAUUCUCUCCAAAGGGAAAGAACUCAUUUUUAUGAAGUUCGGACUCGGUGGCAAAUAAUAUCGUUUGGUUCUUUAUUGUUUUGGUUUGAUUUUUUGGCUGUUUUUGGAACCGGGUUGCGUCACGUCGACGCUCAAAUGUUAUAAUAUCGCUAAAGUGUUCAAAUUGCGGAGCAGCUUAUGUGAUGUCGUUUCGAUUUUACACUCAUUUAUUCAUAUCUUAAGAUACAAAUCUAUGUAAGCUGCAAAUAAUCAUUCAGUAUUAUCAUAUAUUUAACGUACGAAGUACAAAAGUGACCAAUAUCAUUACUAGUUGUUACUGUAUUAUCAUUCGAUUGUUGAAUUUGCUUGCUAUUGUUGACAAAUACUCGACUUAUUAUUCGCGACUUGGUAGCCACUACGGAUAUCUAAAAGCUAGGAUACGAAACGAUGCACAAAUAAAACGUUCCCGUGAUUGAUAGUCCCGUCAAUGUCGCCUAGAGAGCGCUGUUGUUCCAAUACCGUCUAAGUUUUCAGAGCAAUGAAUUGAAAAAAUGGUUGCAUUAGUAUAACGGCAAACAAAAAAAGACACAGGCAGUUAGAGUAUUAAAUUAUAAUUUAAAAAAAUUUCAAUUUUUAAAAAUUUGCACUUUGCCCCAUAUUUUAAAAAACGCUGCGAAUACGGUUACAGAUGCAAGAAAAAUGUUAGGAAGAAAGUUGUAGAGAAUUAAAUUUUCUACAAAAAAGUCCGAGGGACCAUAUCUUUAUCUUCAACUACUUAGGCCCCAAAGUCGUUCAAAAACGCUCAAGCGACGGAUUUGCUUCAUUUUACCGGUGGUCAAGUAUUGCAAAGUAAAGUCAUACCUAAACCAUCGCAGAUAGAAAUAUCGCGUGCGGACUUUUUUGUACAAAAUUUAAUUCUCUACAACUUUGUUCCUUAUACUUUUUUUGUAUUCUCAACAGUAUUCGCAACGUUUGCAAAAAUAUAAGUUGGAACGCAAAUUCAUAAUUCUAAGCGAUAAUUUUUUGCGCAUCGUCGCAUAUUUAUCAAAACGCUAGGAAUACAGUUGAAGAUACAAUAAAAGCGUAAGGAAUAUUAUGUAAAGAAUUAAAUUUCCUAUCAAAAAGUUCGCAACACCAUGUUUUUAUCUUCUACAGUUCAGAUAUAAUUUAACUUUCUUUAAGGGUAAAGAAUAUUUUAGUGUGUUUCUAAGCCGCAAUAUGGCGCGGAAUUUAUUUUUCUAUUAUCUUUUUAACCAUUUACUUCUUUCGGAAGCUAAAAAACGUUUAAUCAUAGAAUCUUCAUUAAAUUUGAGGCAACGUAACCUUUUUUCUUUUUUGAAUUAUUUUUGAAAAAAAAUAUAUAUUUUAUAUUUUUUUUAAACGACGGUAGGGCGACAAAUCUCCAUUUUCAGAACGGUUAAACAGAAAACCUUGAAAUACGGGAAACAGUUAAAAGUGUUUAAAUUCUAUCAUCUGAGAGCUUUUUCAAAUUUUUAUCGUCAUUUAUUUUUAAAAUACAAGGCCAAUUUGUUUUUUUUUAAAUGGCACCAAGGGUCAAAUUUAAUCAUUUUUAAAAGAGCAUUUUUUUAAUAAUACUCUUUGCUUUUAUUAAAAGGUAAAAAAAUAAAAAUUCAAAAAUUUUUUAGGAUAGUGAAACUAACUUAGCUUUGAAAAUACUGUUAUUAGAGACAUCUGUCACUUGUAUAUUAGCCAAAAAUUAAGCUUUGGUGCAAUAAUUACUUUAAUAAUGGUACAUUUAAAUAAAUCUGAGCGAAAAAAAAUUGUCAUGUUGGUUUAUCAUGGAGACAUCUUUUGUAGCAUAAAAAUCAAGUAUUUCGUGUUUAAAAUUUCUUAAUUAAAACGUGUUCUUUUUCAGUUAAAAGUGUUAUUUUAACAUUUAUUUUUAACUUUUACUUAUUUUUUGGUUAAUGAGCUAACGAUAGAUAAAACCAACAUUUCUAAGGCUAACAAAAUUUUACAUUUUUAAAAAUUUUCGAAAUUUUGUUUAAGUUUUGAUUAAGGUACGCAUGUGUUACACCAUAGAACUCAGAAAAAAAAUGCUCUUCUCAAAUAUAUUCAAUUUUUAAAUCAAGUUAGCCUUGUAUCCGAAGAACAAAUGGAGAUAGAAAUUUAAUAAACAUCUGAAACGAUACAAUUUAUAUACUCUUAAGCAUACACCAAAUUUCAAUAAGUUUUGAUGAAUAGUUUUUCUAAUAUUUAAUUGUAUCCUGUAUACCCUGUCGUCCCCUUUAGCCUUAACCGUAUUCCCAGCGUCAUGAAAAAUACAGGACGAAGCACAAAUUUUCACAUUUGUUGUGUUUUUUAUGAAAACUUUAGUGCGAUUUUGUAUCUCGUUUCGUCUCCUAAGUUAUAGCCCUCCGUAGUUUCAACACAACCAGCAGCCAAGUCUGUCAGUGCGGUGAUUGUUUCGUUUUCGUUCGUACAAGUAAGACUGUUGUGAUUUAGCUUAGAAUUGUUAAUUAUUUCUUCCACGUUGGUUUCAAAAACAGCUCUUUAAGAAAAAAAAAACAAAUUGGCACAACUGUCAUUUCUCCCCUUGAUGUCGUCAUGAUUUGUUUCUCAAAUGUCAGAUUUCGUGUCCACCACCGAAUUGUUGUUCCUAAUAAAGUUUUGAGUGUCUUCUCACAUUUGACAACAAAUCAUCGUUUGUUGUGCCUUCUUCUUUACACGCACAACCGGCGACGUCUCGGCGGCGUCGCGACGCUCCGGCACGUUCCGGUAUUGGCACUUAUUACGCGUUUUUUCGUUUUGUACAAACAAUAAAAAUUCUAUUGUGUAAGAUAUAAAAAAUAGAUAUAAAUAUCGAUGUUGACACCCUCUUUGGCUCGGGACGUGUCACGUGACCCGAUCGGUAGUAUUAUUUUGUAUUUUUCGGUUCGGUUCGGGUCGCUAUGGCUCGGCUCGGGUCGCCUCUGGUUCCCUAUUGUAUAUAAUUCUCUUUAUGCAGCUUUAUGAUAUCUUGUCAACUGGAUUUGGUUCAAGAGUGCGUUGACAGGUUGUGAACUGGGCACAUAUCAAGGCCACUGGUUGGUAUAUAUUUCGCGGCUUGAUUGUUAUCUAUCUUUCAUGUAUCAUACACUGUACCAAAUAAACUGAUGAUGAUAAUAAAUAAUCAUUUACAACGUU